AUGAACUCGACGUACCCCAUUCCCCCCUCCCGACAUAUCCUUCCACACAUCGGCACGACCUGCUCAAAUCCACGCUGUACGACCCCCUUAGAGUUCCCAGUACCAUCUCCAUACUUGCACCCAGGAACUCUGCUUCAGAUCCGAUGCUUUCAAUGUCAAAUGAUCGUCUCCCCAGGUUUAGAUGGAACUGGAGAACAACAACAGCAGCAGCAGAGAAAGGGCCGAAAGAUUGGGACGCAGGAGAGGCCACUUACCACCUCGGUCCUCGAUAGCCACCAAGGUCGUCCCCCAUUCGACUGGGGUCGCUGUACACGAAGCCGUCAGCGUCGGCGCUUCCGAUACGCAGUACAAGGUUGGACAUGA